AAGAAACCUCGGUUCCGAUUCCAGUCGCAGUUCCGUCGUAAACCUAAUCGAACGACAUCGCCUUCCUCGGCGCAAACGCGAAACACGACCUCGAAAUGGAGCGAUAAGCUGGCAGAACGAGUAACCUCCGUCGACCAGCAAAACUUGACGUUGAAGAAAAUCGAACGCAAAUCCUCGAAGGCGUUUCUAAGGCUCUGGUACAAAUUGAAGCCAAGCAAAGGCGCAAGAAAGCGGUUAGAACCCAAUACGCGCGAGUCGGUGGCUUCCGUGUAGGUUUCGAUAUGGAAAUCAGUGCUGCAUGAUAUUAAAGUAAAUUAAAUUUCGCAAAUAAAAUCACGCUGUAAAAGCGUUCCGCGUGUUUCGACUAGCCGUUGGCCUUCGAGCGAAAGCAGAUUUGCACUGUAUUAGACAGAGAUUAGAUUAAGUUGACAUCGACUAGCGAUAGAACAGGGGAAAGCUCUGAUUUGUAUCUAAAAUAUCGCAAUAUUCGUCAGAUGGAAUUCUAGUCAUGUCGAGAAAACGAUGAGCGCGAGAUCGCAACGGGAGAUAAAGGAAACAUCGACGACCAGAAGAAGCUUCACGCCUCGUGUCACCGGGAAGAAACGUGCCCCGAAACCAGAGAUAAUUUUCGAAUAUGAUGUCGCCAUUAGCAAACCUGACUUACCGAAUUUUCUCGAACUCAAGAAGAACGGCCGCUACCCGAUGGUUAGUGGAGUUCCGCUUAAAAAGAGAGCCCUAAAAACUCGCGUAAGAAGCCGACUUAUGUCAAGGAAGAAUUUUCAGACAAGACCACGCGUACUCGGGACGAAGUCGAGUACCCAAAGAAAAGGGAAAGUACGAUCUCCGGACAGCAAGAACUCGAAAGGCGCGAAAAAUGCAAUCUCGUCGCCUGGAAUCUCCGACGAAGAGAAGAAAACCGGUGAAAAAGAGAACGUCAUCGACAAUGGCACAACCGACGGCGAUGAAUCGUCGAAUUUGUUAAAGAAAAACAAGCCACGAGAUGGCAGUAAUGUCAACGAUGCGAUAGAAGCGAUAAAGAACAUUGAUACACAACAAACUUCGGAGAAGAAACCGAAAGAUGAGAGAUCCAGCUGCGAAAGUAGUCCUGCAAAGUCGCCAGUACUCCAGAUCAAGGGCAGCAGAAUACCACGGGCAAAGAUCCUCGCAUUUCCGAUUCAUACGGUUCACGAGUUUCAUUCGGCCAAGAAGGUAACCGUAAGCGACAACGCGAAGGAUCCAGCGCGUUCGAAAGGUCCCACGACGUCUUGCAUCGCCGACAACGUCGAAACGCCAGAGAACGAUUCAACGAAGAAAUGCGGUAACCGAGCCACCUGCAAAGAAGAAUGUUUGAAACCGUGUCAGAAAGAUGCAAAGGUAGCGUGGGACGACGGGAAAAUUUCGGAAACAGAGACAGACGACGAGGCGGAAGGCGAUCAAGAUGAAUCACCAAUCGACAACGUCGACGACCCACGUGUGAUGAACAUUUUGAAGAAUCUGAAACUGACUUGUCCCUGUAACUCUUGUACCGAUCACGAGCCCCUUUCCACCAAUCGACAAGAGGACGACAGCGACUCGAAGAGUUCGUCUCCAGAAGAAUGCAGAAAAACGAAAUGGCCGUUAAAGCGUCGAAAUUACGUCGACACGAGUUCGGAAGGGAUGGAUGACUCGUCCGAUAGGAACAACGCGAAAAAUCAAAAGAAGAGUAGGAAUCGGAUGAAAGCGAAGAGUCCUGUGAUUCUUCAAUCCAAGUCGAGCUCGUUGGUGAAAGGAUCCUCGAAAAACUCGAGUCGUCACAGGUCCAAAUUCUCGUUUUUCAACACCCUCUUCGACAUCGUAUUUUGGCCUUAUUUAUUUUUGAAGACGAAUCGUUGAUC